AUGGGCGAUAAAUAUUCAAUAAUGCGAAUACAGUCUCCAAUAACGCCAGACAGUUCACUAAGAACAUCAAAUGGGUAUAGUGAGAGCUUGGGGGGUUUUCGAAAAGUUUGGUUGAAGCUAGAUGAUUUUUCAGACGUUCCGAUUGUGGAGGAGAAACAGAGUGAAGGGUAUUCUCAGUUUUACGUUAGUCAACCUGUUGCAAUAAACUUCAGUGAGGAUGACACGAUCGAUGACAUUAAGCAGAAAUUCUUGCGGAAGUUUGGAGGUUCCCGAUGGGCACGCGAGCAGAAUAAUGCAUGUGUUUCUAUUGGGUUUUAUUGCGGAUGUGGCUACAGUGCUGUUUCUAUGAGUAACGCCUGUUUAACUAAAGAGAGCCCACCGGUGUCUUUAUCAGGAGAGCUUGUUGCACCUAAAGCAACUAGAAUAACCCCUUUAGUGGGUUCCAACGAGAAUAUGGGAUUUAUUCCAUCCUCUAUCGACAGUUUCCCGAUAUACGAGCCAGACGCGCUGAGACUGAAAAGUAGCUCUUACUCUCCUAGAUCGAAAUGUAUGCCUUCAAGCAGAGAGGGUUCUCUAUCACCGCUAAACUUAUCCCAUAUCGUGAAAAAUGUAAAUUCCUACAAUCCCUUGGAGUCAUGUUUAAUUGGCCAACACUUUCCGCAUAAAUUGUCUCCACAGUACUCUUCAGACUUCUCGCCUCAGCAUAAUCGUAACUUCCACAAACUGGUCAACAAUAGUGUCUCAUUCAACCAACAAAUAAUAAAUGGCUCACUAAAGCAGCACCAUAGUAAUAUCUCUUCCAGUACUCCAAGAAAAAACAAGCAACUACGAUCCCCACAUAAAGUCUUCUUUGAAUCCGAAGAAUUGGUAUCUUCAAUAUUGGAGACGUAUUUUGGAGGAAUCCAGAGGAGUGAGGAUGCAUUAGUGGUGAUUUUUGAUGAUGCUUAUUCUCCGGUUUCUUCAAGGCCACCUGUUACCCCUUUGAUAGGACAGAAUGAUAGCUUCAUCCAAGGAGGAGCUACGGUGGGCACAUCCAGUCAUAUAACGCAGGGAGAUGAUCAACAUCAGAGCGACAUAAAUAUAUCUUUAGAGGAUAUGGAGAAGAAUACGUCUUUUCCAGACCUUAAUAACGAUUUUCGUUCAAGACAAAUAAUGCCAAUUUCUCCACAACAAAAGGGUUUUAAGUUAAUUACAGAUAUUGAACAAUUACAAAGUUUGUCUCAUUCUUUUGAUGAUAACUACACAGGUUUAAGGCAAGCCAUCCUCCUGCUUCCAAAAAAUUUCCAGGGUGAACUAACAUUACAAGUAAAUGACAAAGGGUUGAAGAAACAUAUCUACCGAUCACCGAAGUCAAGCCCAGCAAGACAUGUGGAAUACAAGCCCAUAGGACCUAUAUCGAUACCUGAAUUAGAAACAAAUAGAAAACAUAUGCCUUUAACAGUACCACGAAUAGAACCAGAUGCUGAAUCAAUUAAGCCGCAUAUGUCGAUGCCAAUGCAUCCAUCAUCACCAGUAUCUUUUGUUGAGCAGGAAUCACACAUAAAACCUUGUGACCAGAUGGGUUACCUUCAUGCGGAUACCGACGGAAGUCCAAAUUAUAGGCCAUCACCAAUCAAACGGACUCGCGAUAAAGUGUUUCCUAAAAUCAACGUGUUAAUUGUUGAAGACAAUAUCAUCAACCAAGCAAUCUUGGUAUCUUUCCUAAAAAGGCACAGGAUAAGUUAUGAGAUAGCCAAAAAUGGUGCUGAAGCAGUUGAAAAAUGGAGACAGGGAGGUAUACAUCUAAUUCUAAUGGAUUUGCAAUUACCCUUGUUAUCAGGAUUAGAAGCAACUAAGCAAAUUAGAGAUAUGGAGAAACUGAAUGGUAUAAAUAAGUUCCAUAAGUCCGAUUUAAAACCAGGUCGUGAUACCAGUCUUGAUCUAGAUAGAUCAAAAUUUAGAUCUCCAGUGAUCAUUGUUGCCUUGACUGCAUUUUCUUCGCAUGCUGAUAGGAGAGAGGCAUUAGUGGCAGGGUGCAACGAUUAUUUGACGAAACCAGUAAAUUUGGAUUGGUUAAGCAGCAAAAUAACUGAAUGGGGUUGCAUGCAGGCAUUGAUUGAUUUUGAUGGUUGGACGAAGGGUGAAAGACGUAUGACGGACAAUGUGCUACUAAAACCCCAAAUAUCUUCGAGGGUGUCGCACAGUUCUGUAACAGGUUCAAACAAAUCCAAUAACGCAAACUCGACCACAUCUCCGCGAUCUGGAACCGCUACGGGAACUCCUGGAACUCCUGUGGGAAAUAGUCAGACCACCUUAAUACCUUCAAGCUCCAAUUCCAUAAAUAAGGUGAUUAACCUUUCCGAUUCCCAUAUAUUGACGGCUGAACCUAAAGAUAAUAAUGUAAUGUAG